AUUUAUAGAGCAAUACUGAUUGCUACAGCUUCACGACGAUUGUAAACUUUUGUUUUUAAAAUAAUUUUAGCAUUAAUUAAAUUAGAAUAACAAAUGGUAGUAUGCUAUUUUGAGUGGACGGUUAUAUAGUUUUACGUGCAGAUUAUAAGAACAUAAAAAUGACAGACAAACUCGGAUUUGAAGACCUACGGAACAAGUAUAAAGAUGUUUUGUCUAAAGCCUUUACUACAAACAACAUCGAGUUGCUUGAUUCUUUCACAAAGAACACAAAUGAGGCUGACAGGAAAGCGGCAAUGGACCAAGCUUUCCGAGACAAACUGUUGGAACUACUGAUUGAAGACCCGGAUACACUAGAAAACUUUGUUUCUUUUUGCAUUGAGUCAUGCAGACGGCAGAUGGUUACGCCAACCAUGCCGGUGGUGCUUCUCGGAGACAUAUUCGACGCACUCACCCUCAACAAAUGUGAGAAAUUGUUUUCGUAUGUAGAGAAUGGUGUAAACAUAUGGAAAGAAGAAUUGUUUUUCGUCGCCUGCAAGAAUAACUUGCUCAGAAUGUGUAACGAUCUACUCAGAAGACUAUCAAGGUCUCAGAACACAGUAUUCUGUGGGAGAAUUUUACUAUUUUUAGCUAAAUUCUUUCCAUUUUCUGAAAGAUCGGGUCUAAACAUCGUGUCUGAAUUUAAUCUCGAAAAUGUAACUGAGUUCGGAGGUGACAAUUCUAGUACUUUAAAAGAUGCACUUGAUGAAGAAAUGGUUGUUGACAACAAUGAUAAGAACAAACUGAACAUUGAUUAUAACUUGUACUGCAGAUUUUGGAGUCUACAGGAUUUCUUCAGGAAUCCAAAUAAUUGUUAUAAUAAGAUACAGUGGAAAACAUUUGUUGCUCAUUCAGGGAGUGUGCUAUCAGCAUUCUCGUCAUACAAAUUAGAGUCUAUUGAGCUACAGAAAUCAAAGUUAAACCUACUGAAAUCAGUGACCGCUGUCACAUCUGAUGUGGAGAUGAAAGACUCAGAAGCUAAUGAACCACAUUACUUUGCCAAAUUCUUAACAAACCAGAAGUUAUUGGAGCUACAGUUAUCAGACUCUAACUUUAGGAGAUGUGUCCUUGUACAAUUCCUGAUACUGUUCCAGUAUUUAACUUCCACUGUCAAGUUUAAAAUGGAGCUUCAAGAACUAAAGUCAGAUCAAACAGAUUGGGUGAAGGAGACAACAGCCCUGGUAUAUAAAUUACUGGGAGAAACUCCCCCACAUGGCAAGCAGUUUGCAGAGUGUGUCAAACAUAUACUGAAGAGAGAAGAGCAUUGGAACAGUUGGAAGAAUGAUGGCUGCCCAGAAUUUCAGAAGCCAAAACCACCAGUGCAAACUGAGUCAUCUGAUGAUGUUAAAAAGUCACGGAAACGUCGUCGUCCCGUCGGCGAUAUUAUUAAAGAAUAUGAAGGCCAAAGCAAAUCAUACAUGGGCAACAAUGAACUCACCAAAUUGUGGAACUUGUGUCCAGACAAUCUUGCGGCGUGUCGCACCAAAGAAAGAGACUUCAUGCCGUCACUAGAGUCGUACCUGGUGGUGUCGCCGGGCGCGGCGGGCGCGGCGGGCGGGGCGGGCGCGGCCCCGGCGCGCGGCGGCGGCUGGGGCUGGCGCGCGCUGCGGCUGCUGGCGCGACGCUCGCCGCACUUCUUCGUGCACACCAACAAUCCCAUCGGACGCCUACCCGACUACCUCACCUCCAUGGUGGAGCGUGUCACCCGCGAAGUGGCCGCCAACGCUGCGGCGAUCGCGAACGGUGAACAAUCUAAAACUAAUAAUGACGAUAAACCAACCAAACAGGAAAACACCGAAGAAGAGAUUACUGAGGAACAAAUGGAAGCUGAUCUCAUAAAGGAGGGAGAUGCCAAUGAUAUAGAACAGGUGCCCGACUCGACUCAUGCCGGGGAGGAAGAUUACGAUAAAACUUCGCAAACGCGUUCGAGAGUAACCAUGAUAUCUACCACACAGCUCGACGCCUUAUCAUCAAAACUUACUGAUUGGAAGAAACUAGCCACUAAACUUGGAUACAAGGCCGACGAAAUACAGUUCUUUGAGACAGAGAACGCGACAGACGCGACUAGAGCAAAGAAUAUGCUGCAAUUGUGGUUUGAUGAUGACGAGGACGCGUCUGUGGAGAACUUACUUUAUAUCAUGGAAGGCUUGAAGAUGACUGAGGCGUGCGAAGCGUUGAAGAAUGUUAAAUGACAUACAUUUAAACAUAGUUGUAGGAAAAGACGAUUAAAGUUUAAUUAUGUGUA